UGCUAUAUAAGAACCAACCCCUCCUCCCCCAAGCCAAUUAAACUGAUCAACUACUUUGCUAUAACAAGGUUCAUCACAUAGGUUAAGCAAUGGCAACAAUGGAUGAAGUUGACUUUUUGAGCACAAAUUCAGUUCUUAGCGUUAUGGAGCUCACCAAAAAGAGACUUACAACAAUCCCUCAUAACUAUAUUUGUCCAGAUCAAGAGCCAAUACUAUCUGGUCUCUCUCAAGACUGCGAUGCUACCUUGCCUACAGUUCCAACAAUUGACAUGGAGAAGUUGGUCAUCGGGGAGACCAUAGACAUAGAACUAGACAAGUUGCAUUCAGUUUGCAAAGCUUGGGGCCUUUUUCAGUUGGUGAAUCAUGGAGUAAGUCUUUCACUAGUAAACAAGCUGAACAAUGAGAUUGAAGAAUUCUUCAAACUUCCCUUAGAAGAGAAAAUGAAAUACAAGAUAAGGCCAGGUGAUGUUGAAGGCUAUGGAACAGUCCCCCGACCCAAAGCUCAAAACCUUGAUUGGGGUGAUAGGUUCUACAUGACAAUCAACCCUAUUCACAAAAGAAAGCCAUAUUUAUUCCCAGAGCUACCUUCAUCCUUGAGGAACACCUUAGAGUCAUACUUCUUAGAGCUGCAGAAACUAGCCAUGACACUUAUGGAGUUGAUGGGAAAAGCUUUGAAGAUAGACAAGAGAGAGAUGGAGGAGUUAUUUGAAGAUGGGACGAGAUCAGUGAGGAUGACAUACUAUCCACCAUGCCCACAACCAGAGCUUGUUGUUGGCCUUCCCCCUCACUCUGACGCUAGUGGUAUCACCAUUCUUCAUCAAGUCAAUGGAGUUGAAGGUCUCCAAAUUAAGAAAGAUGGGGUUUGGCUUCCUGUGAGCUUCCUUCCACAUGCCUUUGUUGUCAACGUAGGAGACAUCAUGGAGAUCCUGAGCAAUGGGGCGUAUACCAGCGCUGAGCACAGGGCAGCAGUAAAUUUAGAGAAAGAAAGGAUAUCGAUCGCUGUGUUCUUCCACCCCAAGUCCGAGGCAGAGAUUGAGCCUUUGAAAAGUCAGUUGAACGCUACACAAAGCCCACCUCUAUUUAGAAGGAUUUCCGUGGAAGAUUUUUACAAAGAUACCUUCUCUCGUGUUCUCAAUGGAAAGACAAAUUUGGAGUAUUUAAGGAUAAAAACUGGGGAAGGAAAUACUGAUUAAAUGAGCAUCACAUUAUAAUGCGCGUGUCAUGUAGCUAUAUAUAUAUGUAUGUAUAUAUAAUUGCACCCAUGAAUUACCAAAUUUUCAAUGCCCAAAAUUGAUAGUUUACACACCCUAAAGUACUAUUGAAUUGUAGCAAUGUGCAUCCCAAUUAAUUAAAAAUCCGUGAUAAACGUUAAGGCUCGAGCGUGACAUUAUCUCAGUGGUCAUAU